AAAAAAAAAAACAAAGGCUUCAAAAAUUUCUAGAUGCAAAAUUAAAUCCUUUCAUUGUAAAAUAUAGCACAGAUACAGAAAACUAUAGAAGUAUAUAUAUAACUUAGUAAAUGAUCACAUAGUGAAGAACCCUGUUAGCCUUCAGGACUAGAAACAACUUGGCCAGCUAUUCCAAAAGCCAGGUGUAUGUCCUCAUCCUGUCACAAUUCUUCCUUAUGGUCAUCAUCUAGUAGGAUUUUAUUUUAAGGCAGCUAUGAAUAGUCACUAAUGGUAGAAUAUUAGGCAGUUGAGGGAUGUUUGGAGGGUGGGGCGGAACCACAAGAGCCAGCCAGAUCUUAGACACUAAAAAUCACAUUUCACACAGCCGGUUCCCUCAGUGCCUAUGGUUAAAAUACACCUUUCUGAAAAAGGAUUCCAAGGAUUCCACAGAAGUUCAAGUAGAGGGCUGUGCCUUGUGCCUCAACUGCUUGUCAUUCGCUGGUCCAAAAAGAGCCAUACACACACAGCUUUCCCAAAGCAGAGCAAAAACAAAUCCAGCUUGCAGAGCUAUGGGAGUGUUGAAGAGGCUGGCUGUCUCUGCUAUGAAUAUAUGCGAGUAUAAAUCAUCUUACAAACUUCUCUGCACCUGGGUUUCUCAUUGCGAAGUAUGGGGUCAUGAUACAGUAAACCCUUUAUACUCCCCUAUUACCCUCCUAAUGUGGCCCCCUUUCCUAAUCUUUGUUUCUGUUUCCGCUGUCUAGUCAGUCGCCCUUGUAAGGAGUUCAUUAUUUUCCUUACCUAAUGACUAUCUGGCGAGUCUGUACUUCCUCCCCUCUGGAUUCUUAUACACCAUGAGCCUCCUUCAUCUCCACCCUUGCCUCUGUAAACAUAGAUGUAUGUCCUGGCACUGAAUGCAUGCUUGUAGAAGGAAUGAAUGAAUGUAAAGGGAGAAAAAAUGAGUUGUUUCCCAUUCAUGUGUGCACUCUUCAAUAUUUAGCAAGUGCCUUAAAUGUUCAUAGAUACUGACCCAACCCUUGACACUGGAUCAUUCCUCCCCUUCCUUUCUCCUUAUCUUCCUCCUUUCCCAUCCUACUUCUUUCUUCCUUUGCCGCGCCACUGAAUGCCUUACAAGGUAGGACACAGAUACACAUGGGCAUGCAGAAACAGACACUGUGGAAAGCAGCCAGAUGAAAUGAGGGCAGAACCAGCCACCCUACUUGCAGAGACCCACCGGAAUGAAAAGCAGUGAUUCACGGAGCACUGCAAUUCAGAUACUCCUUGAGUUUCACUUUGAGAGCUACUGCAGGAUCGGGAAGCAAACUGCAGUAGAAGAGGGGAGGAAGCAAGCAAGUGCACAGGAGAAAAGGAGCCAGGCUGGGCGCCUCAGCCCACAGCGGAGAACAUCGCAGAGCCCGGGAAGCAUAGCUCACAGACACAGGACUGCUAUCCUGUCCAUCACGGAGCUGGACAAUCCACAUGGGCGCAUGGACAAGAGUCCCAGAAGAGGGAAGCUGGGAUGAUUCCACCCGGAGAAGAGAAAGCUAAGGUGACUCUGGCACCAGCUAGUGGAGCAGUGGAUGAUGGCAUCCCUUAUACAAGACCGGCUGACCACUGAUCAGGACCUGCUGCUGAUGCAAGAAGGCAUGCUGAUACGCAAGGUGAGGUCCAAAAGCUGGAAGAAGCUAAGAUACUUCAGACUUCAAAACGAUGGCAUGACAGUCUGGCAUGCACGGCAGGCCGGGGGCAGUGAGAAGCCCACCUUCUCAAUCUCUGAUGUGGAGACAGUGCGGAAGGGCCAUGAUUCUGAGUUGCUGCGCAGUCUGGCAGAGGAGUUCCCACUGGAACAGGGCUUCACUGUUGUCUUCCAUGGUCGCCGCUCCAACCUGGACCUGGUGGCUAACAGUGUUGAGGAGGCCCAAACCUGGAUGCAAGGACUGCAGCUGUUGGUAGACCUUGUUACCAGCAUGGAUCAACAGGAGCAGCUAGACCAAUGGCUGAGUGACUGGUUCCAACGUGGAGAUAAAAACCAAGAUGGUCGGAUGAGUUUUGGAGAAGUUCAGCGACUGCUGCACCUAAUGAAUGUGGAGAUGGACCAAGAAUAUGCUUUCAAUCUUUUCCAGACAGCAGACAUCUCCCAGUCUGGGACUUUGGAAGGAGAAGAAUUUGUUCAGUUCUAUAAGGCAUUGACUAAGCGUAAUGAGGUACAGGAACUGUUUGAAAACUUUUCGGCUGAUGGGCAGAAGUUGACCCUCUUGGAAUUUGUGGAUUUCCUUCAGGGAGAGCAGAAAGAAAAAGAUAAUGCUCCUGACCUUGCUUUGGAGCUCAUUAACCGCUAUGAGCCUUCAGACAGUGGCAAACUGCGGCAUGUGCUGAGCCUGGAUGGCUUCCUCAGCUACCUCUGCUCAAAGGAUGGCGAUAUCUUCAACCCGGCCUGCCUCCCCAUCUACCAGGAUAUGACUCAGCCUCUGAGUCACUACUUCAUUAACUCCUCUCACAACACCUACCUAGUGGGGGACCAGCUGUGUGGCCAGAGCAGCGUCGAGGGAUAUAUACGGUGCAAUGGGGUAGAAAAGAGGGCCCUGAAGCGGGGGUGCCGCUGUGUGGAGGUGGAUGUUUGGGAUGGACCUAGCGGGGAACCUGUUGUUUACCAUGGACACACCCUGACCUCUCGAAUCCCAUUCAAAGAUGUUGUGGCCGCAGUAGCACAGUAUGCCUUCCAGACUUCAGACUACCCACUCAUCCUGUCCCUGGAGAACCACUGCAGCUGGGAGCAGCAGCAGACGCUGGCACAGCACCUGACUGAGAUCCUGGGGGAGCAGCUGCUGAGCACCCCCUUGGAUGGGCUGCUUCCCACACAGCUGCCCUCGCCGGAGCAACUUCGAGGGAAGAUCCUGCUGAAAGGGAAGAAGUUAGAAACACUUGAGGAGGAUGUUGAGGAUGAGGAUGAAGAGGAGGAGCCAGAGUGUGACCUGGAGCUACAGCAGGGGUCAGAGCUGGAGCCUGAGCCUGAGCCACAGGAACAGGAGCAGGAGCAGGAGCAGGAGCAGGAGCCGUUCCUUCGGAGUAAGGACAAAAAGAAGGUUGUGAAGUGCCCGCUGUUUUGUCCGCCUAUCUGUUGUCAGAUUAUGACCCAGGAUCCUAUUCCCGAUCCUGGGUUGCUUCUCUUGCCUUUGAAGGUGAGGCAGGAGGGAGAAUGCAAUGGGGAGGCAGUGGGCAGAGGCUCAGGUUGGAUGGCUGCUGGCUUCUUCCCUCAAAGACUGCUGAAGACUCAGUUCUAUCUUCUUUACUUUCUCCUCCAGAAACUCAAGCCCAUCUUGUGUCCAGCCCUCUCUGCCCUGGUUGUCUACUUGAAGUCUGUCCCAUUCCACACCUUCUCUCACUCAAGGGAGAACUAUCACUUCUAUGAGACAUCAUCCUUCUCUGAAAGCAAGGCCAGGAACCUUGUCAAGGAGGCUGGCAAUGAGUUUGUGCAGCACAAUACCUGGCAGUUGAGCCGAGUGUAUCCCAGCGGUCUGAGGACAGACUCAUCCAACUACAAUCCUCAGGAGCUCUGGAAUGCAGGCUGCCAGAUGGUGGCUAUGAAUAUGCAGACUGCAGGGCUUGAAAUGGACAUUUGUGAUGGGCUCUUCCGCCAGAAUGGUGUCUGUGGCUACGUGCUGAAGCCAGAUUUUCUGCGUGACGCCCAGACUUCCUUCAAUCCUGAAAGGCCUAUCAGUCCUUAUAAGGCUCAGAUCCUGUUAGUCCAGGUGAUCAGUGGUCAGCAGCUCCCCAAGGUGAACACCAAGGAGAAGUGCAUUGUGGACCCACUGGUGAAAGUAGAGAUCUUUGGCAUCCAUGCAGACACAGCCCGGCAAGAGACCAACUAUGUGGAGAACAACGGGUUCAAUCCAUACUGGGGACAGACUCUGUCCUUCCGGGUCCUGGUGCCUGAACUCACUAUGCUGCGUUUUGUGGUAAAGGAUUAUGACUGGAAAUCUCGCAAUGAAUUCAUUGGCCAGUUCACUCUGCCAUGGACCUGCAUGCAGCAAGGUUACCGCCACAUACACCUGCUCUCCAGGGAUGGCAUCAGCCUCCAUCCAGCAUCCAUCUUUGUGUACAUCUCUAUCCAGGAAGACUUGGAGACUGAAUCCUGAGAAGCCUUUUGGUAUCUUUCCUGCCCUUCAUCUUUGUGCACACUAUGCUGGAGCUCCUCCUUCCCAUUGCUAUAUGCUCAAUCCCAUACUCAGACCCACGAUUAAUCUCUUCCAUCAACUCUGGUGUGAAGGCAGAUUGCAGCUGGAAACCUAGAGAGGGGGUUGGAGCACAGAAACCCACAUAAGUAUUAUUCUUUCCACUCCUAACUUCCUCAAAGCCCAGAGCCAAGGGAAGGAUAAAUCAAGGAUCAAAGCUCCCCAGGUAAAGGUUGGGCAAGGAGACUUGACCCAAGACUGUACUGACUCUUCAGAGAAUACUACACAGCCUGAGUCCCCACUGGACUGCUCCUCCUUAUCCCCCUGGUGUAAAUAGAGCUUCUCUCUCCAAUUUGA